UUCAAUAUCAAAUUACCGAGGAGAAAAUAGACCACAUUGCUUGAUUAGUCAAUCAUUGAUUCAUUCAUGGAGUAUCAGUCCGUAAUACCCGCUUGUUGUAGUUAUUAUUUUUCAUUUUACUUCCUCAAACGUAUGACACGAAAGUACGCGGUUUUUUUUAUAUAGAAAUAUACCGAAAAUGGGACAAAACCACAGCCAUAGAGACAGUGUGACGGACGUUAAAUUGAUAGAGCGUCACAAAAUAAGUAUGCAAGAACUCUGUGCUCUAAAGGAUUUGUUUCGAGAAUGGAGUGGUGGGAAGCAUAAAGCACUCACGAAGACAAAAUUUAGGGAAGUGUACAAAAAGGUAUUUCCAGGGAAUUCCUCUGAAUAUGCGGACGAGAUGUUCCGAUUGUCGGACGAGGACGGCAAUGGGAAGGUUGACUUUGCCGAAUUUGUUCGGUAUAUUUGUCUGUGUGACAGCGACGAUCUUGAAGAUAGAAUUCAGGCCGCCUUUAGGUUUUACGAUAAAGACAACAGUGGGACGGUCACUUACACUGAGGUCAGAGAAAUGCUGGAGGCUUAUGAGAAAAUGAUGGGUAGUCCAUUUGAAGGUGGGAAAACGGGCGAUCAGAUUGCUAAAGAAUUCUUUGAAGAAAUGGACGCCGACAACGAGAAGUUAGUUACACUAGAGGAAUUUGGACAUGCCGCAAGAAGAAAUUCAGCAAUUUUGCAUAUUGUUAAUCCAAAGCCUCCAAAUUGGAGUGACUAGAAAUACAUAUAGGAGCUUCCAGACACGUGAUGAUACGUGUUAAAUAUGAUAGCAAACAUUACUGUGAUCAUAUGAAAGUCGCAUUACACGGAUAUUGGAGAACCAACUUGGUCUUUAAUCUUGAUGCUACUGACAUAAAAAUACACACUGUAAAUGUGUUUCACUCAGGUUUGUUAGACAGAAGUUUGGGAUUUUUCGUGAGCUGUCUUUGAAUUUAUCCUGUGUGUAAAAUUAUGACAAUAUGUUAACCUUGGAAGUCAUCCAAGGUCAAGAAUGUAAGUAAGUCAGUGCGUUCAGUGUUCAUUUCAAAAUAUGCAUCCCUCCAGUGCAUGCGUAAUGAUAAUUGCUGUCAACUGUUGACUGGGAUGUUAGAGACCAUUUGAUAUCUCAUUCCUUGAAAGAGCGGUUUUCUUUUGUGCUUUUUAAAGGGGAAUUGCUGCAACAGUAUAAUUCUGUUGCAAAAUUACCGACAUUCACUUCGACAAAAAGAACUGCAUAAAGAAGGUGUUGCACAAAAGCGGUAAUUUUCCCUAAUCAGGGCUUUGUGCCUGGUAUUUAAACACCAGUGACGUAGAACUUAAAUUCAUUCCUAUUUCCCUUAUUACGUAUUUGCCAUUUACAUAUACCUGUGGGAUUCCCCAGUACUAAGGGCAAACCUAAAAUAUUUUAUGUGUCCGUACAUAGUCUAAACAUGAUUUUUGAAAUCGUGAAAAUUAAAUUGUUUUAAUUUUUCUGAGUAUUAGACACAAUGUAUAGGGUUACGAGUGUAUCAAAUAUUUAAUAUUCUUUAUGUCUGUCUGCCUCCAACCAAAUACAAUAAAGAGAACUCUUGGCUAAAGAUAAAAUAGGUCAUUUAUUGAACAUAAAUGACAAUAAACAAAUAGAAAUAUACAUAAUAGCCUGUUGCAUAAAAUUACACAAUAUGCUCAAUCAAACAGCAUGCAACUAGGCUAACAGUCCAACUAAUAAAAUGGUUGCAUAGAACAUAUUAUGCAUAUUCAGAAUAAGAUAUGUACAACAUGGAAAUAUUUACGUCUAACCGAAAAAAUAUUUGGACUAGUACACUGAAGGGACUAGAAAAAUCAUGAUCCUAACAUCGGACAAAAUAUGUUAUGGGGCGUUACAUCGCCACCUUAACAAGAUAGUAAAAUUUGUUGAGCAUAUGAAAACACAAAUAUUGGCUAGCUUGUUAACGCCCCAUAAAAACAAAGCAAACAAAUCUAACAGUUGCAGAAUAAUAACAAUGCAUUGAAGUUGCAGCCCCUGACUGCUAAACACAAUAAUACACCACCAGCCCCUGACUGGAUGGUAAGAAAGGGUACUAAUAUUAAGUAUCAUGCAACCCCUGUUUGCAUGAAAUGUCUUUACGAUUAGAACAUAGGGCUAUUGAAUAGGGAAACAUUAUGUAAGCUCACACGUUAAGUGUGGGGAUAUGGAUGUAUUUUUAUAUACUCGUAUGCAUUAUUUUCUACAACCAUCUGUACAUAACUUUUACCACAAAACAAAAUAUGGGAAGUUUAAUACGCAUUAAUAAAGUUCAACAAAACUCCGAGUACAUUCACAUGAAAACA